AUGCUUUUAGUGUUACCACAAUUCCCGGAUUAUUCUAUAUCCAUUAAUUUAUUUACCAAUUGCAAUUAUAAAGGAACAACUCAAGCCUUGACAUCAUGUUCUGUAGAACAAGCCCCUCGUGCCUUUAUCAAAGCAUCAAAUAUUUACUCUACGUCCCACUUAUUAUGUGCUAUCUAUAAAAGUUUUAUAGAAUACAAAUAUAACAGACUGAGAACCAAAAAUUUAAGUACAGAAGUUAUAUUAUCAUUAUAUUCAAGUUCUAAUAUAUCAGAAGCGUUUAAACAAUUUGGUGUUAAUUCUGAUAGCGUAGACACUGAUAACAUAAUUGUAUUGCAAAUAUUUAACAAUAAAAAGAGUGAAUCGUAUGAUGCUAAUACAAAUGCAUAUGGUAUCGAUAAUACUUUAUUAUUUGAAAUUUUGGGUAAAAAUUCUGAAAAUUUAGAAUUCAAUGAUGCAAAUUUAAUUAAAAUUCGUGACAUUUCUAUGAUUAAAAAAAUAUACAAGAUUAAGCAUGAGAACAGUACUAAUAAUGAUCAGAUAGAAAGAUGUAUCAUAAAUUCCAUACAAUUGAGAGGUUUGUAG